AUGGCAUCUGCCAGAAUGGGAAGCAUGCGCUGCUUCCUCGGCCCCUCAUUUAGAGCUCGACAGCUCUCAUUGAGCUCAAAACCGUUGCGACAGGGAUUUGCCUAUCGCUUCUACUCUGCAGCCUCAAAAACCAAACCCGAGGAUUCAGCAUCAACAGUAACUAUCCGUGGAGACACACACCCUACAGCAAAGCCGUGGUUCAACGUGCCGCCAAACAUCGUCUCCAAGACAUCUAGGCGUCUGCAUCUUCAGCCUGACCAUCCAGUCUACAUCACCCGGCAGAUUAUCCAGUCCAAUUUCCCCCAGCCGACAUACAAGUACUACAACGAGUACAGCCCCGUGGUGACGACGAAGCAGAACUUCGAUUCGCUAGGCUUUCCACCGGAUCAUCCAGGGCGAGCACUCACCGACACGUAUUAUCUCAAUGAGAAGCUACUGCUGAGGACACACACCAGCGCACACCAGGCGGAUACCUUUAGGGCGAAUGAGAGCGAUGGAUAUCUCGUCUCGGCGGAUGUGUACCGGCGAGACGCCAUCGACCGGAGCCACUACCCAAUCUUCCACCAGAUGGAGGGUGCCCGGUCAUGGGACCGUAACAAGGUGCCCAACGGAGACAUAGCAGCUGCCGUCUUGGAGGAUCUUGAACGCCUUCCAAAGCACGACGUGGUAGUUGAGGAUCCGAAUCCUCCCAUCCACCCGGAACGGAAUCCAUUGCAAGAGGCGCAUCACUCGGCGGCAGAGGCUGAGGCAUUGGGAAGGCACCUAAAGCGGUCACUUGAAAACAUGGUAGUCGACAUCUUCACGAGGGCAAAGGCGGCAGCGAUCAAGGACGACCCGGACUUUGUGGAUGAGCCCCUGAAGAUGCGAUGGGUGGAGGCAUACUUUCCGUUUACAAGCCCAUCAUGGGAGUUGGAGGUUUACUACGCGGGCGACUGGCUGGAAGUUUUGGGCUGUGGUGUAGUUAAGCAGGAGAUCUACAUCAACGCCGGCGUGCCAUCGCAAGUGGGCUGGGCUUUUGGCAUCGGCAUCGACCGCAUCGCCAUGCUACUGUUUAAGAUUCCAGACAUUCGGCUCUUCUGGUCCGAAGACGAGAGAUUCCUGUCUCAAUUCACUGGUGUCUCAGCCAACCUGGAUACGCUCAAGCGCUUCGUGCCCUUCUCCAAGCACCCGCCCAGCCCCAGAGACGUGUCAUUCUGGAUCCGCUCGACGUCUGCGGCUGGCGGGAACGACAGGGCCAUCCUCCACGAGAACGACGUAAUGGAGCUGGUCCGCAGCAUUGGGGGCGAUGAGGUCGAGAGCGUGAACCUUAUCGACGAGUUUGUUCAUCCCAAGACGGGGCGGAAGAGCGUGGCGUACCGCAUUGUCUACCGGCAUCUCGAACGCACAAUGACCGGCAAGGAGACAAAUGACCUUCACGAGAAGGUGAGGAACGCCCUAGUGGAGAAGUUUGGUGUUGAGCUACGGUGA